AUGUUAGAGCGGCCUAGCAGAGUGAGCAGCUAUGGGACUGCGAACACAGCCAGAAGCAGUUCUUACACAAGGUUCGGUGCAACGAGAGGCUACUCGGUGGAGCCCGAGCGGCCCAAAUCUCCAGAACGGCGGGUCAGCGGCCUCAGGAUGGGCAGCACCUCCAGGUUCGGAGCCCAAAUCGCCAGGUCACCCAUCUCCGACAAGAGUCCCACCGUCUUCGGGAUCUCCCCACGAACCGAGGAUGAUCGGCUAACUCUUGUCACCAGAUCAACGUCACCAACGCCGCCGUCUAACUCUUCCUUUUUGAGAGCGAAGAGAGCAGAUCAGGAGAGAACGCUGACCAUGGAGGUCCCGAAGCCAAGUUUUCGACCGGUUUCGAUCAGCUCAUCGGUGCAAACGGAAGAAGCGAAAGAAGAAACACCUCCUCCACCGGUUGAAAGGAAAAUUCCUACAAAUCGUCCGUGGGCGCAGCGUGUGGCCUCCCCAAGAUAUUCUACGGCGGGAGGGUACAGUUACGUUAGAAGAGAACCAGAGAAGACAAGGGUCGUUGGAGGGUUCGGCUUGAAACCUGAGUCGACAUCAAAAGCACCAUCACCGACCAAAGAAAUGCCGUCUAAGUUACCUAUAUCCCAGAUCAAACCGGAAGUUCACCCGCCGCAUAUUUCUCGGACCGAUCCACUUGGAAACGUCAAUAAAGAUUUUAGAAAAUCUAUAUUGAACAUGGAUCUGUCUAGUAGUAAUGAUAAUCAGGAAAAAGGUUCUCUUGCAUCGAUGAAGUCUAGGUCGAACCUGAAAUUAGUUUUAAAUAAGUCACCGACCAGUAUUACAGUCACCCAAGUCAAUGGUAAAACGUCCACAAAGAAAGAAGAAACAUCUUCCAGUGAAGAAUCCAGUAGCUCAGAGGAUUCGAGCAGUGAAGAUAGCGACGAUGGGCAAACGUUGAAACCUCCUUCUCCGAAAUUUCCAGCAACCUCAAGAGGUUCUGGCGACGAGUCCUUACAGCACAAACCACCUGCCAGCCCGAAAUCGGUUGUCGUGAAGACCCUACCUCCUGUAGCGGCCCCCAUGAAAGUACAGUUACCUCAAGAAGAGGGGAAGAAACCGCAAGGUCUUAGGAAAUUAGAUUCUAGUGAUAAAGCUUGGUGGAAGGAGAGCCAAAAAGAUAUUCCUGCAGUCCUAGAAGCACAGACUUCACCUGUAAAGAAAAGUCCAAGUAAAACUGUGAUAGAAAACGAUUCUAGUGAAACGAACAAGAGUACGAACAAAGGGUACGUCCUAAGGAAAUUCGAUUCGACUGAUAAACCUUGGUGGAAUGAUAGUAACAGUGAUACGCCCGGCUCAGAAAAGAAAAAAAUAGGUUUAAACAAAACGCCUAGCAGGGAUAAGUUGACUAAUUCUUCGGAACAAUCGAAACCCUCUUCUCAAAGUGAAUCCGACUCGAAAAUCGUUGGAAAACUAUCCAAAAGUGGAACCAAAUCCGACAUUCCAAAAAUUCCAUCAUCCCCAUCCUCCACUCUUAUCAAUAACUCUACUAAGCCAUCACCUCCCCAAAGCGAGACUGAAUCUAAGAGUAUCGGACUCGGCAAGCUGUACAAAAGCGGUUCGAAAACUGAUGUUUCCAAAAGUCUCUCAUCGAGUGCGGGAUCAUUAAAUAACGUACCCGCUCCGUCUCCGUUGCAAAGCGACACGGACAAGAGUCUCGGCCUAAACAGUCUUUACCGCACCGGGUCCAAGAGCGAUUUAUCAAAGACUUCCAGCUCGGUAUCUCUGAAUAAGCUAUCGAAAACUACCAGUCAGAAAUCGCUGGCCGCCAAGCCUCCAUCUCCACCUGCUAGGCGUUCCGAUGUCUUGGAUCCUCCUACUGAAUACACCCCGGGACUAUUGAGAAUCCACAAUGAGAGACAAUGGACGAACCGACUGCCGAGGGUAGACUCUGGACUGCGGGAAUGGUGGCUGAGUGAAGAGGAGCUGGAGGAAAAGAAGAAGGAGGCUAGAGCCAGCUGUGGUGGCUACUCAGGACACUUUAAGGACAUUGAUCAUGUCCUCGGAAACGCAGCGCCGCCUCCGGCAGCCUUUAGAACUCCCAACACAUCCGAUGAUGAUUCAGACAGCAGCGACGACGGUUGGUACAAACAGAUCAGAAGUCAAGCUGCCGUCAACGGACCAGUGCCGAAAGCGAACGGCGAUGUUAAGGGUUUCGAUUGGUGGCGGUCUCUGUCGCGCAGUGGUGGAACUUUGCAGUACAAACGAGUGCCCAAAGAGAGCGCUAGCAGUAUUGGCUUCAGCGAUUCGUUCAAUGAAUGA